AUGGACCAGGCUCAGGGCACCAACAGCCGCGUCAACAGCAUCCAGCGGGGUGAACGCGUCCCGCGGCGGGGCUCAGGCUCAGCGCGAGGGAAGCAGCGCAACAUCUCCGCCCAGGAUGCCUAUCUCUACGCUCUUCGCGCAGCAUAUCUCGCAUAUCUGCUGCAGCCACGCCAGAAACGAGUUCAGCAUGUCCCUGCUGCGCCCAAACCUGUACAGCGGUCGUCGACAUCCGUGAACGACCUCAUGAAGGACUUCUCCUUGAUACGCGACUCCAAGAGCACACGUUUCCCCAAAGAUUUCAUGAGCGAGCUGGACAAGCGGAUAACGGGCGUGCUGGUGGGGACAGAGCGCAUGCCUGAGUACAAGGACGCUACGGUGAAGCGCACAUUCGCUGUCUUCCUGAACGAGUUCAAGAAGCCGCAGUUUCGAAAGUCAAUGGAGAAGGACCGCAGAGUGGAGGACUUGCUGCUCAUUUUCUUCUCCAACGCGACGAAAGAAUUGUCCAAGGGCAAACCUCCAGGCGACGACGGCUGGAAACUCAUGGUGGACCGCCACGUUGCACUCUUUAUCCGUCUACUCAGCUCAACGUUGCGGAACCACGACUGGGCGCGAGACCGGCCAGAGUUGAUGACUCGAUUACAAACGAUGGAAAAGAAGCUCUUGAUGCAUGACCAAGAUUUGGCUUCAGAGGCCCAACGCAAUGGCGGACAAGGGGGUUCCACAGUAGAAGUAGAGGUUCCACGCAGCUACGAGGUCAAGGACAUGCCCCUAGUCCUGGUAGUCUCUCGCAUAUUCGCCAUAUCGUAUCAGGAUGUGCAGAAUGAUAUCAAUCGAUACAAGUCUGUAUGGACAGAGAAGGCGGCACUGCAAGACCUCAAGACGUACCAAGCGCAUCUGAGCCUGAUGAGUAGCAAAACCUUGAACAGCGAUGACUUUGACCUGGAUGAUGCAUACCAAGCGUGGAGGCAUCAAGAGGUCCAAGAUCUGUCGCAAAUGAUACUUGCCAUCGUACAGUCGAACCCCGAACUAGCAAAAAGUACCCCCGGCGGGUCAGUGCCACAGUUCAAGCCAAAUGCCUCUCACGAAACUUCCUAUCACGAUCCCUCAAGACGUGAUUCGAACGCGACGCAGAACGGCUCAUAUGUCAUCGACCAACCUGUGGAUGUGAGUGGUCUCAGCUUACAAGAGAAUGGCGGAGACAAUGACUUGCCCUUCACAUUCAUACCCUCGGACCCACGAGCAUACUACCGUGCGAUCCUGAGAGAGGCUCUUGCGUACGAUAUAGCAGAUGCCCAGUUGCAGCCCUCUGAGGCGACAACCGACGUCCCUUCCUUCAAGUUACUGUCCAAACAAUCUACUGAGCUGCUGACGGAGAUAGCCUUGCGAUGGCGACUUCCACAGUUUUCACGACUGGUCCUGUUCCUCGACGUGGUGAAGGAGAAGUACGAGAAUCAAGAAGUCGACCUAGACACUUUGGAUGCAGCGUUCAAUUACGCCAAGGAGCCGCCGCCGACGGACAAGAAGUCGCACCGCCUCAGUCAAGUACAGGUUGCAGACUCGCUAUUCGAUACCUCAAGAUGGACAGUGCACGAUUACGCUCUCAAGCAACACAUCUUGGCAGUGCUCCACGACUGUCUGCUUCGCGAGCUGUAUGAAACGCUGCUUCUCGUAUACGAGACAAAAGCGCCUCCAUUGGGCCCGCUCAUGUAUGUGCUGACCACGCACAUUUACGAGGAUUCUUUAUUCCAGGAAAGUCCAGAGGCCUUAGAUCAGUAUACCGAGGAGCUCAAGAAAGCGCUCCGUGGAAAGGCGUCUGACAAGUAUCGCGAACUUCUUGCGAAGCACAUUCCGGAGACCAAAGAAGAGUGGGAAUUCUAUCAUGUCAUUGAGCUCGGUCGUGCUGUGGUCAAACUCUGCGAGAAAAUACAGAAACGGUAUAAGAAGAAUCCUGAAAUCAUGGGUGCCAGCCCAAUGAUGUGUCUUGUUGAAGAGAUGUUCCCGGCAUACGCAGCAGAUGCGAGGGACCUGGUGUCUCGAAUCUUGGAUGUUGCCCACGAGAAUGGUCAUGAAGUUCCUGUCGAGGACGGUUUCGAGCUGUAUAAGGAGCUUGUCGAGAUCAGGCGAAUCCAUGGCGACGCUCUUCCGAAUCGCAAAUUUGCCUUUCAUAUCGAAGGGCUAUUGCAAGACUUUGUGUGGAGAUGGAUCGAACGGACAGAUGAAAACCUCAUCGGAUGGGUCGAGAAUGCUUUCAAAGCGGACAAAUUUCAGAUCGAAUCUCCGAAUCCAGUGCCUAUGGACGACGAACGUCACAGCGUGUCUGUCGUAGACAUAUUCCGCUCCUUCAAACAGAGUAUUGAGCAAAUAGUUUCAUUGAAUUGGGACGAUGACCUCCAAUACGCAAAAUUUAUGACAGCAGUCUCCAAAUCAAUAGGAGUUGGCCUGGCGAGAUACUGCGAGCUCGUAGAACAGAAAUUCGCCCGAGAAAUGGAUCGCAUGACGCCUGAGCAAGAAGCAGCAGCCCGCCAGACUCGACAAGAGAAGUGGAUCUCUAUGGCAAAGGACCUAUACAAUCAGAAGGAGAAGAUCGAACCUUUCAACUUCUACCCAGAGUCAUUGAUCAAGCUAAACAACGUUGAAUACGCCAUGUUGCAACUGGACAAGCUCGAAAAGGAAAUUAACGUAGAUGCAUGCGCCGAGGUUAUCAACAGGCACGCCCCGCCACCGCAACAGCGCAUGCGCUCCAACAACUAUGUUUUUACUAUCAAGAUUAUCGAAGCCGAGGAUCUCAAAGCAUGCGAUAUCAACGGCCUCAGUGACCCAUACGUCGUCCUCGGCGACGAAUAUCAGAAACGACUCGCAAAAACGCGUGUCAUCUAUGCCAACCUCAACCCGCGUUGGGACGAGACAAUCGAUAUCACUACCAACGGACCGCUUAAUAUCAUCGCGACGAUCUGGGAUUGGGACACACUUGGUGAUCACGAUUGCGUUGGGCGGACGUCGCUCAAAUUGGAUCCCUCACAUUUCAGAGACUUUAUGCCUCGUGAAUAUUGGUUGGAUCUGGAUACUCAAGGCCGGCUUCUUCUUCGUGUUAGUAUGGAGGGAGAACGAGAUGACAUCCAGUUCUAUUUUGGAAAGGCGUUCAGAACACUUAAGAGGACUGAGCGUGAGAUGACACGAACAAUUACUGACAAGCUCUCGGCAUUCAUCAACCACAGCUUGUCACGCAGAGCGCUCAAGGCUAUGCUUAGCGGUGGCCUGACCGUAUCGUCUGUGACAAGCUUCUUCCGCACGGGAAACCGUCCCCAAUCGGUCAUGCAAGCACCGACCCAGCAAGAUGUGACCAGAGCCCUCGAGCCGCUCUUCGACUACUUCAAUGAGAACUUUGCGCUCAUGAAGCAGACAUUGACUGACCCGGCGAUGAUCAUGGUCAUGACCAGACUUUGGAAGGAAGUGUUGGCUACCAUCGAGGCUCUCCUGGUUCCUCCGCUGAGCGACAAGCUAAGCCAGCAGCGGCCACUAACGCGACAGGAGGUCGAUAUUGUGUUCAAAUGGCUGCAAUUAUUGUUCGAGUUUUUCCAUGCCGCGGACGAAGAUGGUAACUCUGACGGUGUUCCCAUUGAUGUGCUCAAGUCGCCCAAGUAUCACGAGCUGCAAAACCUCAACUUCUUCUACUUCGAGUCAACCGACGAUCUCAUCCGGACAUCGGAAGGCAUGGCUGCUGCCACUCAUAUCCGUCAACAAGAGCAGGCGGCGCGUAUGAACAGGUUGUCUGCUCCACCAGCUAUGGGCCAUCAGUUUGGUGGGGCAGCGGGCUUGGUCGGCAUGCCGUCCCGCAAGCACAAGACUAUCAUGCUCUCACGUAACUUGGGCACAAUGCGCCAAGCCAAAAUUGAGAAGCGAAAAGAAGCUCAUGCAGAUCCAAGUGACGAUAUGAUCCUGCGCAUUCUAAGGAUGCGACCUGAAGCAGAAAGGUACUUGCGUGACAGGAGUCGCCAAAAGGAACGCCUUGCAGCAGCGCAGGCUGCCGAAAUGAUUGUACGACAGAGCCUCAAUGCUGGUGGUGGGCGCAUGACCGGCGUAGGCAUGGGCAUGGGCAUUGGAGGGCCGAGACGAUAG